AUUGUAAUAUGAUAAGUGUGACGGAGUUUGAGGGCCUUUAUAAAAACCCUUGCAUUGCCCCUUCUUGCCAUUCAAGUUUUAAACGAGUUCACACUCUGCGCUGUUGAACAUUGGAAACAGUUGAAGAUCAUUCACCUGACCCGAAGCUAUUUUCUAUCUUAUUUUUUCAAACAGCGACAUUCUUUUCUCGGGCAUGUAUUAGGAACCCGCGACUACAUUUGUCAAGAGACUGGCAAUUAAAAAAAAACGGAACAACAGCUGCCCUGCAGAUUGUAAACCGGAUAAUUUAAUCCAUCACUGACUUGACAGAAGAAGUUUCUUCGCAAAUCCACGCGAAAAGUUUCUCGCCUGCUUUUUAAACUCCGCCAAGUUUUGAACUUUUCCCUGGGAGCGCGUUUUUCUCGUCUGCCUGUCAAAGUUUUCCUGUCGCGCGGCGGGGCGCAUCAUUUCACACAUAGGUCCCAUUCAUUCCGGUAUAAAAGUGGACACGGAAAACGCCAUCAUGAUGAGCAAUAACUACGACGACCAACUGCCUCCACAGUAUAGCCAGGAGUUUGGGGACGAAGAGGACGACGAGAUGCCGGCCACGGAGAAGGACCUCGCGGAAGACGCGCCGUGGAAGAAGAUCCAGCAGAACACUUUCACCAGGUGGUGCAACGAGCACCUAAAGUGCGUCAGCAAGAACAUCAACGACCUCCAGCGGGAUUUUGGCGAUGGCUUGAAACUAAUUUCCCUCCUGGAGGUCCUGAGUCAGAAGAAAAUGUACAGAAAGCAUCACAUCAGACCUAACUUUCGACAAAUGAAACUGGAAAAUGUUUCAGUGGCACUUGAGUUCCUGGACAGGGAACAUAUCAAACUGGUAUCAAUCGACAGCAAGGCCAUCGUGGACGGGAACCUGAAGCUGAUCCUCGGCAUGAUCUGGACGCUCAUCCUCCACUACUCCAUCUCCAUGCCCAUGUGGGAGGACGAGGAGGACGAGGACGCCAAGAAGCUGACCCCCAAGCAGCGUCUGCUGGGCUGGAUCCAGAACAAGGUGCCCCAGAUGCCCAUCAAAAACUUCCACCGCGACUGGAACGACGGCAAGGCCCUGGGCGCCCUGGUGGACAACUGCGCUCCCGGUCUGUGUCCUGGCUGGGCUGACUGGGACCCUAACCAGCCCGUGGAGAACGCCCGAGAGGCCAUGCAGCAGGCUGAUGACUGGCUCGGUGUGCCGCAGGUGAUCGCUCCCGAGGAGAUCGUGGACCCGAAUGUGGAUGAGCUCUCAGUCAUGACCUACCUCUCCCAGUUCCCCAAGGCUAAGCUGAAGCCUGGAGCUCCCCUGAAGAACAAGCAACUGUUCCCAGACAAGGCCAAGGCUUUCGGACCCGGUAUUGAGCCCCAUGGCAACACGGUGCUGCAGCCAGCUGUGUUCACCGUGGACACACAGGAAGCAGGAAGUGGGGAGGUCCUGGUGUACGUUGAGGAUCCCGAGGGCUACAAGGAAGAGGCGAAGGUGAAGCCCGUCAAGAACAAGAGCGGAACCUACACCGUCACCUACACACCCAAGGUGGAGGGGGUCCACAGGGUGAAAGUUUUGUUUGCGGGGCAGGACAUUGACAAGAGCCCGUACACAGUGAACGUGACGAAGACCAUGGGCGACGCCAGCAAGGUCCACGCAAGAGGGCCCGGCCUGGACGCCACGGGCAACGUGGCCAACAAACCGACCUACUUUGACAUCUACACAGCUGGCGCCGGCAACGGGGACGUGAGCGUGGUCGUCAUCGACCCCCAGGGCAAGAAAGACACGGUGGAGCUCGUCCUGGAGAACAAGGGCGACAGCGUCUUCCGUUGCACCUACCGGCCCGUGCUGCAGGGCCCGCACGUCAUCCACGUGCUCUUCGCCGGCCAGGAGAUCCCCAAGAGCCCGUUCACCGUGAACAUCGCAGAAGCUCCGCCCGUGGCUCCUCCCACCGGAGUGCCCGUGAAAAUAAUCCCUCAGUCAGUGUGCGCCCCUCCUCCGGGCGCAAAGAGCGGCAAGGGGCCAGUCGCGCCCAAGGCGGGUCGACCAACGAUGAACCCCAGCAUCUGCAGAGCCACAGGCCGGGGCCUUCAGCCUAAAGGGGUCCGGAUGAAGGAGGUGGCGGACUUCCGUGUGUUCACCAAGGGAGCAGGCCCUGGGGAGCUGCAGGUCUCAGUCAAAGGACCGGGAGACACCGAGGAGAAAGUGAACGUGCGGGAAGUGGGAGACGGAGUGUAUGAAUGCGAUUAUGUCCCCCUGAAGCCGGGUAAAUACACCGUCACCAUCACCUGGGGGGGGCAGCCCAUCCCACGCAGUCCGUUCGUGGUGGAGGUGGGCUUGGAGGCCGGCUUCCAGAAGGUCCGGGCUUGGGGGCCGGGCCUGAAGACCGGCAUGGUCGGCAAAUCGGCCGACUUUGUGGUCGAGGCCAUCGGCACGGAGGUGGGAACUCUCGGUUUCUCCAUCGAGGGGCCGUCCCAGGCCAAGAUCGAGUGCGACGACCGCGGCGACGGCUCCUGCGACGUGCGCUACUGGCCCACGGAGGCCGGCGACUACGCCGUGCACGUCAUCUGCGACGACGAGGACAUCAAGGACAGCCCCUUCAUGGCCCACAUCCUCCCCGCCGCCAACGACGUCUUCCCUGAGAAAGUGAAGGCCUUCGGACCUGGUCUUCGGCCGACCGGCGUUGUCGUGAAUAAACCGACCGAGUUCACCAUCGAUGCGCGCAUGGCAGGGAAGGGCCACCUCAAAAUCUACGCACAGGAUGCGCAGGGCUGCACUAUCGACAUCCAGAUCAAUGAGAAGGGCGAUGGGACCUUCCUCUGCGUGUACACGCCGAGCAAGCCCAUCAAACACACCAUCAUCGUCAGCUGGAGCGAUGUCAACGUGCCCAACAGCCCCUUCAGGGUUCUAGUGGGGGAGGGCUGUCACCCAGACAAGGUCAAGGUGUACGGGCCGGGCGUGGAGAAGAGCGGCCUGAAGGCCAACGAGCCGACCUACUUCACCGUCGACUGCGGCGACGCCGGCCAAGGGGAUAUCAGCAUUGGGAUCAAGUGCGCCCCGGGAGUGGUCGGUCCUGCCGAGGCGGACAUCGACUUUGACAUAAUCAAGAACGACAAUGACACCUUCACUGUCAAGUACACUCCGCCCGGGGCCGGCCGCUACACCAUAAUGGUGCUGUUUGCUGACCAGGAAAUCCCUGUGAGUCCGUUCAAAGUCAAGGUCGAUCCUUCCCAUGACGCGGGCAAGGUGCGGGCGGAAGGACCCGGCCUUAACAAGACAGGAGUGGAGGUGGGCGCGCCGACACACUUCACCAUCUACACCAAGGGAGCGGGAAAGGCCAGGCCAGAGGUGCACUUUGCUGUCUCUGGCGCCGGAGAGGCCGUGCGGGACUUUGAGAUCAUCGACAACCACGACUACUCCUACACGGUCAAGUACACCGCUCUGCAGCAGGGCAACAUGGCGAUUUCUGUGACCCACGGAGGGGACCCUAUCCCCAAGGGCCCCUUCCACAUCUCUGUGGCCCCCGCCCUGGACCUCAGCAAGAUCAAAGUUGAAGGACUUGAUACGAAAGUGGAGGUCGGGAAGGACCAGGAGUUCACCGUCAACUCCCAGGGGGCCGGCGGCCAGGGGAACGUGGGCGUGAAGAUGACCUCGCCCUCGGGCCGACCCAUCCCAUGCAAGACGGAGUCGGACAAGGCCGGCGGCACGCACGGCGUCAAGUACAUCCCCCCCGAGGAGGGCCAGUACAAGGUGGAGGUCAGCUACGACGGACACCCGGUGGCGGGAAGCCCCUUCGGCGUGGAGGGCGUGAUGCCUGGGGACCCUUCCAAGGUACGCGCCUACGGCCCGGGUCUGAAGGGCGGCAUUGUGGGUAAACCGGCCUUCUUCACCAUCGACACCCUGGGGGCCGGCGCCGGGGGCCUGGGCCUGGCCGUCGAGGGGCCCUGCGAGGCCAAGCUCGAGUGCCGUGACAACGGGGACGGCACGUGCUCCGUGACCUACCUGCCCCCCGUGGUGGGCGAGUACGACAUCAACAUCCUGUUCGCCGAGCAGCACGUCCCCGGCUCCCCCUUCAAGGCGGCGGUGCGGCCCGCCUUCGACCCCGCCAAGGUGACGGCCUACGGGCCCGGCCUGGAGCGGGCGCGGGCCGGGGAGCAGGCCUCCUUCACCGUGGACUGCUCCCGCGCCGGGGAGGCGGAGCUCACCAUCGAGAUCGUGUCGGAGAGCGGCGCCAAGGCGGAGGUCCGCGUCCAGAAGACGGCGGAGGGCACGUUCUCCGUCAGCUACACGCCGCCCUUCCACGGCGCCCACACCAUCACCGUCAAGUACGGCGGCGGCGUCAUCCCCCAGUGCCCCAAGGUGAUCCAGGUGGAGCCCGCCGUGGACACCAGCGGGGUGAAGGUGUACGGCCCAGGGGUGGAGCCCAGAGGUGUGCUGCGCGAGGUCACCACCCACUUCAUCGUGGACACGCGCGCCCUCAGCAAGGCGGGCGGCGGCCGCAUCAAGGUGCACGUCAUCAACCCGUCCGGCGGCAGCACGGAGACCUUCGUCACCGACAAGGGGGACGGGACCUACCGCGUGGAGUACACGGCCUUCGAAGACGGUAUGCAUCUGAUCGAGGUGCUGUACGAUGACGUGGCCGUGCCCAAGAGCCCCUUCAGGGUAUCGGUGGUGGAGGGCUGCGACCCGACCCGGGUGAGGGCCUACGGGCCGGGACUGGAGGGAGGCGUCACCAACAAGGCCAACUGCUUCACAGUGGAGACCAGGGGUGCCGGUACUGGCGGCCUGGGCCUCACCGUCGAGGGGGCCUCGGAGUCCAAGAUGUCCUGCAAGGACAACAAGGACGGCAGCUGCAGCGUGGAGUACGUCCCCUUCACCGCGGGGGACUACGACGUCAACAUCACCUACGGGGGCCACCCCAUCCCCGGCAGCCCCUUCCGGGUGCCCGUGCGAGACCCCGUGGACCCCACCAAGGUCAAGUGCUCGGGCCCCGGCCUGGGCAGCGGGGUGAGGGCCCACGUCCCCCAGAGCUUCACGGUGGACUGCACCAAGGCCGGCCAGGCGCCCCUCGACGUCAAGCUCUACGGGCCGACAGAGGACUAA